CUACAACUCAUCCCUCCACUCCCCCUAGCCAUCCCAACCCUCCCCCUAAACCCGUCCCAAACCCUCCACCUUUGGUGGUAGACACACUGGUUUGUCCCUCCACCUCUUGGGCCCAUACAAAUCCCAUGCAGACACCAUCCCCUCAACCUCCUUCAUCCUCCUUCCCCCCUGAUCUCUCCUUCCUUCAACCCAGCAGCAACCCUUGCAAGGACAUCAUUCCUUUCCUCCCACCCCCUUGCCCCACUCUACUCCUUAAGAGUAGAGAUGACAUCUUCACUAAGGACGUUACUCCUUCUUGGGAAAACUUACACUCUGAAGACGAGGUGGAAGUAGAAAUCUCCCCUGUCUCUUACCACUCGGAUGGAGAACCUGGAGCUGUUCCCUUUAUCUCAGCCCCCUUGGCACCUCUGGAAAUGGUCACUCAUCAAUCCCCUAUAGUGUCAAUUCCAUUGCAGCCAAGCCUUAGCAAUACUCCUGCCAUUCAUCCAGGAAGAUGUAUCCCCAACACCCAAGGCAUGGAGGAUUUCAGCAAUUGCAUCUCCCAUUGCCAACUUGUCUCACUUGAACCCACUGGAGACCUUUUCACUUGGUCUGGGGUCAAGAGCCAAGGCAGAACAUGGAGAAGACUUGAUAGAGCUCUUAUAAACCUCCCAAUCAUAGCUCAUUUUGAUGAUAUCACUCUUAAACACCUUGCCAGGUUCAACUCUGACCAUAAGCCCCUCCUUGUUCAAUGCAUCCAAAAGGAUUACUCUGGACCUAAACCUUUUAGGUUUCUGGAUUGCUGUACUUUUCAUGACUCAUUUCAAACCUUUGUCAAAGAUACUUGGGAUGGUUUUCCUACCACAGGAGGGAUGAGAGGCAUGGCUAACAAACUCCAGGCUAUGAAAAAGGCUCUCAAAACUUGGAAUAAGUUGGUCUUUGGUAACACUCAUAGCAACCUUAUAGCAGCUGAGGAAGCAGCGUCCCAAACCCAGGCAGAUUUUGAGCUCAACCCCACAGAGCAGAACAGGGAAGCUAUGCAGCAGGCCAUCGCAAAAUUUAUCCUAGCCACCAACCUAGAGGUCCAAUAUUGGAAACAAAAAGCCAAUAUCAAAUGGAUGGAUAAAGGGGACUCCAACUCCAAACUUUUUCAAGCCUUUGUCAAAGGUAAGAGAAAGAAGCUUACCAUUUCUCAUAUUAUUGGCUCCAAUGGAAAAGGUUACUACAACCUUGAUGAUAUCAAAAAAGAAGCAGUGUCAUACUUUACUAACACCUUCAAGAAAACCCAUCAUCCUUCAGUUGAUCCCAUUCUUCCCCUCAUUCCCCUUGUUCUCUCCCCAGAAGACAACUCCUCCUUCAGCUCCUUACCAACCUUGGAAGAGGUUAAACAAGCUGUUUGGGACCUGGAUGAUACCAGUGUUGGAGGUCCCGAUGGUUUUAAUGGAAAAUUCUUUAAAACCACAUGGGAAACCAUAAAAUUGGAUGUACUGAGUGCCUCACAGGAGUUCUUUUUAGGUGUCCCUAUUCCAAAGGCCUAUGGUAGCACCCUAUUGACCCUCAUUCCGAAAACUGAAAACUCCAAGAAGUUUGACAACUUCAGGCCCAUCUCUCUUUCAACUUUCAUGAGCAAGAUCAACACCAAGCUCCUGGCCAAUAGAUUAAGCAUCUUCCUACCCAAACUUUUGUUCCUAGAACAGGCAGCAUUCCAAAAAGGCAAAUCCAUUGAUGAUCAUGUGCUUAUGGCAGAGGAGGCUAUUCAUCUUUUAGACAAGAAAGUAUUUGGGAGUAACCUCAUUCUCAAAAUUGACAUGGCAAAAGCUUUUGACAGGAAACUCUACAUCCUCGAAACGGAUCCUCCCAAGACCCCUGAUGCAAAUGCUUGUGCGUCCGAACUCACUUCUUUCAAGAAGUAUGAGGACGACGUGCGAGAUGUUAAGUGUAUCAUUAUGGCCAGUAUGACUGCAGAGCUCCAAAGGCUCCACCCGGACAUGGUAGCGCGUCCUAUGAUACAACGCUUGAAAGACCUAUUCCAGAGUCACCCCAAAAACUCGGCUAUUUACGUUAUUGAAGUCAACAUGUCCGAUUUCACCUCUUGGCUGAUGGAUACCGGAUGUGGUUCUCACAUCUGUACUUCCAUGCAGAAUUUGCAUGAAGUUAGACAUUUGGCUGAGGGAGAAGUCCAGCUUAAGGUUGGAAACGAAGCACUAGUCAAUGCGCUGGCUGUAGAAACUUAUGUUCUAUCUCUCCCUAGUGGCUUGUUGUUGCAUUUAAACAAUUGCUUGUUUGUACCUGCCAUUAGCAGGAAUAUCAUUUCUGUGUCAUGUCUUGACAUAGCAGGAUUUUUUAUUAACGUCAAAGACAACUGCCUUUCGGUUUUCUGAAAUGAUAUUUACUAUGCAACUGCUAAGAUGACCAAUGGUCUUUAUAUCUUAGACUUAGACACCACCGUUUAUAAUGUAGAUGUUAAGAGAAGCAAACCAAACAGUUUGAAUCUCACAUACCUUUGGCAUUGUCGUUUGGGUCACAUUAACGCGAAACACAUAUCUAAGUUACGUCACUCUGGCGUACUUGAUUCAUUUGACCUCGAGUCUUAUGAUGUAUGCUAAUCUUGUUUACUCGGUA